GAUUUUUACGGUAUAAAAUGGCUGGCCAGCCUUGCAUCUUCACCAGUUUCAUCUCUGUGCUUUCACAAGUCGAGAAAACCCGUGGAACCCGAUCAGAAUGCAGACCAAAGUCCUCUUCGUUUUGCUCCUGGCGUGCACCGCCGCCGUAUCUGCCGACCAGAAGGUCCCUCUGCAGAAGAGAGCUGAUGGUGUAAUUUCCAACUUAUUGGAUUUCACGGGAUCUCUGACCAAAAAUAUCGUCGACAAAGCGGUUUCAGGAGGUCACACGAGUAUAAACGCCAUCUCGGGGAUCAUCAACUACAGUCUGGACUCGGCGAAAAGCCUCACCAACACCCUGCUCCGCCGUGAUCUAGGCAUGACCAUGACCAUGCCGCGCUACAACAUGCCCAACCCGAACUCCUACUCGGCCUACGACACCUUGGGCGCCAUGCUCGCCAAAGCCCAGACCGACCUGAACAACUCCUGGGAUGCCGCCAACACCCUGACCAGGGACAUGCGCCCCAACCUCUCCGACCGCGGACUGGCCAUCCUGAACAUGUACAUGAGGGAACUCCGCACCUCUCGUGCUUCAUACAACAACGCCCUCAGCAACGCGGCCGACCUCUACGCUAGCCUGUCCGCUAACCCCGACCUCAACGACCAGGACUUGGUGAACCUCCUCCAGGACCAGUACGGUUUGGAGAUGAUCGACUACGCCCAGCAGGCCCGCCGUCUCGGCAACGUCAUCAAAAACAACGGAUUCGACUUGUAGACUACCACCCAGGAGCAACUCAGCCCAGCGCUCAGCACAGUCAAGUUUAACUCUAGCGGAUCAAUGCUCUGUGAAUUAAGUGAAAUAUAAUUCCCCUACUUACCUUA